UAUUAAACACGUGGGCUCGAUGAAUAAGGUAACGGUGGUGUUGGGGGCCCAAUGGGGCGACGAAGGCAAGGGGAAGGUGGUUGACAUGCUGGCCACCCAAAUGGAUGUGGUCUGCCGAUGCCAGGGGGGGAGCAACGCCGGGCACACCGUUUUGGUAAACGGUAUUGAAUACGAUUUCCAUUUGUUGCCAAGUGGAAUCAUCAAUCCUAACUGCAAAGCAGUCAUUGGGAACGGUGUAGUCAUCCACCUCCCAAGCCUGUUCGACGAGGCCGAAAAGAACGAGAAGAAAGGAUUGAAGAACUGGAAACAGCAACUAAUAAUCUCAGAUCGUGCCCAUCUCGUGUUCGACUUCCAUCAGCAGGUCGAUGGACUACAAGAACAUGAGAACAACCAAAGAGGUCGCGGAUUGGGCACGACCAAAAAAGGCAUCGGACCGACUUACUCGUCGAAGAUGACCAGAAACGGUUUACGAGUAGGCGACCUUUUGGGAGACUACGAUAAAUUUUCGAAGAGAUUCCAAGGUUUGGUCAACGUUUACCAAAGAAUGUUUCCAACCCUUCAAGUCGACGUGGAAGGAGAGCUGAAACGUUACAAGCAGUAUGCUGAAGAAAUCAGACCACUUGUCUUUGACACUGUUUCGUUCCUGGACAAAGCUUUGAAGCAGGGGCAGAAGAUUUUGGUUGAGGGCGCCAACGCUGGAAUGUUGGACAUUGACUUUGGUACAUACCCGUAUGUAACGUCGUCAAACUGCAGCGUGGGAGGCGUGUGCACAGGCUUAGGAAUUGCCCCCAGACGUAUAGGCGAAGUAAUCGGCGUCGUCAAGGCCUACACCACCAGAGUCGGAGAUGGCCCAUUCCCCACCGAGCUUAUGGACGCAACUGGUGAACUGAUGCAAACAAGAGGUGGUGAAAUCGGCGUGACCACCAAAAGGAAGAGGCGCUGCGGAUGGCUAGAUUUGGUGUUAUUACAAUACACCAACAUGAUUAACGGCUACACCGCGUUAUGUCUCACAAAGUUAGAUAUUUUGGACACUCUGCCCGAGUUGAAGUUGGCCGUGGGAUACAAGCUCAACGGCAAGAAGAUUGAAUACUUCCCGUCAACCGCAAGUGAUCUUUCACAAGUUGAGGUGGAAUACAUUACAAUGCCUGGUUGGCAGACGAGUACAGAGGAUGUAAGGACGUUUGAAGAUCUUCCACGUAACGCCAAAAACUACGUGAACAAAAUAUACGAAUUCUUGGAUGUUCCUGUGAGGUGGAUAGGUGUUGGAAAAGGUAGAGAAUCCAUAAUAUCUCUUUAAAAUUAACACGUGUAUAUAUUUGUGAAGUAAUGUUGUUUUAUCCUGAUAUCUCUUAAAAAAGUAUUACCAAUAUUAUUGUACAUAUUCUUCUGACCUUGUUUGUAAUCCAUUAAAUGUAGAAGAUUAUUAUAUUUGUGUUUACCAGAGUCUAUUUUAAUUUAUGGUGUGAUAUUAUUUCAAAAUAUGUCUAUUCAUAUAAAUAAAUCAGGAUUUUUAAGUAUUACUUAACAAUAAUAUUACAAAUAUAUUGUAAAUGAUAGUAUGAUAGUUGUUACUGUGUUUAAACAGGCUUUAUAACAUGUUGCAUGAUUGAAAUAAAUUUUAAUUAUUAAA